CGUCAUAUUUCCGCGCCGCGCGGCUCAUAUAGGUGCCUUAUCAAACCGUGGAGGACAUCGAGCAUGGGACACCCUGCAGGUUUAUUUCUUCUGGUCGCUUCGAUUUCCUGGCAUCAUUUUCGCGGUGCUGCAGGUCACUCUCUGCCCGCCUGCCACAAGCAGCUGGAAUUCAGAUGCAGCGAUGGUUCGUGCAUUCCGAGGCUGUCAUUAUGUGACGGACACGCAAACUGCGACGAUGGAUCAGAUGAACAGCACUGCAGUCAUGUGCGGUGUAAGAAAGAUGAAUUUGCAUGCCGCAGCAGACGGUGCAUAUCUGCACGUUUCUUAUGCAACAACAUAGAUGACUGUGGUGACGGGAGCGAUGAGGAUUCCUGCCAGAAAUGCACCGCUGGCUUCUUCUCCUGCGGGCCGUCUGACGUUUGCCUGCCCGGACACAAGCUGUGUGAUGGACGGAUAGACUGCAAGAAUGGGCGGGAUGAGACCCAGGAGUUUUGUGGUUUGACCCAACCUCGCCCACAGACUUCUCCCUCAUGUGCAGCUUCAGAGUUCCAGUGUGGAGAUGGGCGUUGCAUCCUCCAGGCCUGGAGGUGUGACCACUCAUCAGACUGCUCUGAUGGCAGCGAUGAGGAAAACUGUGAUCAGGACGAGUGUUUGGUCAAUAACGGAGGCUGUUCUCAUCAUUGUGUGGACCAGCCGAUGGGUUUCUUCUGCCACUGUCCUGACAACAUGAGGCUGGUGGGGGACAGCCAGUGUGAGGAGGUCGACCUGUGUCUGGAGACAGAUGUGUGCGAUCAGCUGUGUGUUUUCAUUAAUGGCAGCCUCACCUGUGAAUGCAACGAGGACCAUUACAUGAAUCCAACAACCGGAGAGUGCAAGGCCAAAGGAAGUGAGGCUCAGCUUGUUUUCACCUCUUCUAAAGGAAUGCAGUGGAUAAGCAUUAUUGAUACAGAGUACAGGGAGCUGGCCCCACAUUUACCCGGACCAGGGCCCGUGGCAGCCUUGGCCUCAAACAGUACACUGUACUGGGCCCCGCUAGGAAGAGGCUCCAUAUACAGGGUCUCCAUGGAUGGAAAGCCAACAGAUGUCGAAUUAGUGCUGAAAGUCAAGGGUUCGGUGUCAGGCCUGGCUGUGGACUGGAUCCAUCAGCUCCUCUACUGGAGCAGUGUCGAGAGUGGUUCUGUUAACGUCGGGCAGCUGGACGGUUUGGCACAGCGUCAGCUCAUCACAGGGCUGGAUGAACCUUCUGCAGUGACCGUGGAUCCUCUCCGAGGGUUGCUCUUCUGGGCUCAAUGUGGCAGCCUCCCAAAGAUUCAAAGGGCUGGACUGGGCGGCAGGGACACAAUGGCUCUGGUCACUUCCUCAAUACGUUCCCCUGUUGCCCUCUCUCUGGAUAUGCCUCGCCAGCUGCUAUACUGGGUUGACCAGGGUAUGAGAAGCAUCUCCAGAGUAAAUCUAGAAGGCCGUGACCGUAAAACAGUAGUAGAGUCUAACGGCUAUCUGGACCGACCCUUCGGACUGGCUGUGUUUGAGGGUUUUGUAUAUUGGAGUGAAGAAACUACUCGCACCAUCUGCCGAGCAAACAAGCACAACGGCAGCCAACUUCGAGUACUGCUGACAAAUUUUACCUCACCGGGCGGCGUGGCCAUCGUUCAGCCAGUUCUUCAACCAAAUGGGCCAUCUGUAUGUGGACAUCCCGGGACGAUAUGCCAGCAUGAGUGCGUCGUCAACCUCCUGUCUGAGAGUCCAGAGUUCAGCUGCAUUUUUCCAGAAACAGGAGAAAACAAAUCUCAAGAAACUCCUGCUGUCUCUCGCACAGUUCCUUCAUCGACUUUAUCUGACCCGGUGUUCGCCGGGAUCCUCUCUCUCAUCAUAUUUCUCAGUUUGCUGCUGGUGGGAACGGCUGUGUGGUGGUGUAGAGAUGACUUCAGGCCGCCCAGGUCUAUCACUGAGCAGAGUUUCUCACUCAAAGAGUCCCAGGACCCACUCAUCAUCCAUCAGUCCAAACGAUGUCUCAUCAAGGAAGCUCUUCUUAAGCUGGACUUGGACGGAGAAUGAAGGUGUGACACUGAUGAUCAGCUGACUGGGCUUCACCUGGUGCUACCUCAACCCCCAGACAGGAUGACGAGACAUCAAACCAAGUUGAUCCCCUGUCGUGUCUUAAGUCCGUCUGGAGGUUAAAUCUCUGGACAGAUGACUCAGUGGUAAAUAUCUGCAGUCAGGGAGGGGAAGAGGCCUUCAAACAGUCCUUGCUGUUGUACCUUCAGUUCUGGAGGAGUAUUAUUUUCAGCCCUGUACAAUACAGUGCAAUAGAGUUCUUGAUGAUGGCUGUUGUCCAGUUUCAUUCUCAAAGCUGUGAUCAGCAGUGAACAAGCAUUAAUCUGUUUUUUGUGCUUUAAGUAUUAAUACGAAUUAACUUGGUGAAUUCUUUUUAAAACUCUGUUUUCAAGCAUUUGCUCAACACGUUGCCAGCGGUGUUACAGCUCGAAGGUCUCCAAGAAUAUCAAUAGAGAGGUAGUCUGUUAAGAUUAGAGAGGAAAUGAUUAGUUGAUUAAUCAGUUAGUCGAUCCACAACAAAUGAAUUGGUGUAUUUUCAUAUCUGACAGUGAAAUAAAAAUAUCUUUACGUUUUAGACUGCUAAUCAGACAAAACAAGCAAUUGGAUGAGUCUGGAAAGUGGUGAUGAAAAUAAUUCACAAUUAUCUGGGAUUUUAUAGACAAAAUGAUUAAUCUAUUAAUUGAGAAAAUUGUAAUUCCUUGCAGUCCUAAUGUGGAUUUUUAUUUUAUUGUUUAAUUGCACUUCCUUUACAACUCAACUUGGAAUUAUUAUUUCAGUUUAUUGCCAUUCCCAAAACUUUACUUUUGUAGCAUUACAGAGGGAUCAAAUGGGGAAUAAUUGGACUAUUUUCUUAUAAAAAUUGUGUUCCACUGGUUUGUUUUUGGCCGUCAGGAUUAUUUUCACACUCUCGGCCUGUCUAAGAGACUCAGUCUGAGAGGCAUUAUUGCAUUGAAAAUGUGUGCUACCUUUUCUUGAGUCCAGUCCAGGGUAGAUUAUAGUAUUUAUGGAAGUAAAAAUUGGGUGUAUCCACACACUGCAUUAAAAACAAAAAAACAAAAAAAAAAACCCAAAUAAAAUUCAACCCUACCAGGCCUCACCAGGGCAAAUAUGAUUUUAAGGUUAAAACUUUGCCUUUUUUCAGUCCAGUAACAUUUUGUUAGCCUUAUUCCAGUGUAAGAAUAAUUUCUAAAAAAUAGAACAGGAUGUGCACACAACUACCUUUCUACAACAUGUAAUGCAUUAUUAAAAUUCAGAAGCUUGCUGUGAUGAUUAAUGAUGAUUAAUGUAGAUUGGAUGCACCCAUUGAGUGUUUUCUUGCAAGCUGAAAGUUCAUUGAAAGUGGCCUUUUAAGGUUUAAUAGAUGAAGCACUAGGUCUGAUUUUCAUAGGGGGACGUCUAAAAAUAUAAACCCACCUGGAAUAGUGGCAUAGUAUGAUCCUUUGGAUAAUUAAAGGAAGACAUGAUACUGCUGUCUGAAUAGUUAAACUACUACAGUUUUUCAGUUCCAUCACCAAAGUUUUUUUUUUUUUUUUUUUUUUUCUUUGAAUGUAUUGUCUAAGAAUAUAAUGAUAUAGUGAUAUAAUGAUAUAAAUAUCUAAUGUUGGAAGGAGUUAUCUGGUUGUGAGGCAUAGUUGUCUACUUGCUAUUUGAUGUAGUAGUAAUUACGAAUAGAAAUAUCUUUACUGGCUUUAUUACAGUGAGUUUAACAUGAAGACUGAUAAAACUACAGUAAAUAUGAAGCUGGAACCAGUAGCCAGUUAUCUUAGCUUAUCGUAAAGACUGGAAACAGGGGGAAACAAUCAGCUCUGUCCAAAGGUAAUAAAAUACACUUACCAGCAUCUCUAACACUCAACUGUAAGGUGUACUCUCUAAAAAUGCUGGCUUCAGCUUCAUAUUUAUGCAGACAUGAGAGUAGUAUUAAUCUUCUCAUCUUAACUUUAAGAAAGCAAACAAGUGUAUUUUACAAAAUUUCAACCUACUCCUUAUAAUGCAGAAACAAAGCCUAGCUUGUUUAAUGGCAGUAACACAGUAACAAUGUAGUUGAUAUAAACAGCGUGAGUAAAGAGAUGAGGAGGAUUUCUUUGGUUGCAGGUUUGGUAUUUUGAUGCUGUCUGAGCACUGGUGCUGCAGUGGGAACAAAUACUCUAUGUGUUUUGUUUAGUCAAAGUCUCCUGCUGGUUUGGUUUUGCUCUUGUGUGUAAAGCCUGUUCAGUGUUUGUGUGAAUGUUUGACUGGUUGACUUGCCUUGUUUGAAUCCAGUCUUUCUUGGUUAUUUUUCUGAUAGUCUCAAGGAAAUACACAGAUCAGUUGAACUGAAUGUGUUGGCACAAGGUUCGAGACAAUGCUGUAAGUGUGCUCAGUGGUUUGCGGUUGAUAUUUAUUUUUAAGGAAGGGUUUUAUUUAUUUUUGUGUAGCCUAACAGUCGUCAUACCGUGUUUGCACCGUGAAUAAAUCUGUUAAAUGCUGUAAAUGCAUUAAAUUCAUAAAUAUUUUAUGUUGAUUAACCAUUGUUUAAGUGGGAUUACCUGAAUAUUAUUUGAAUAUGUGUGUAACAUGGAACAUGGAACAUUACGCACCUCAGCGCGGGGAAACAAAUGUGGGAUGGGAUUAAUCAUCAUUGCUAAAACUUACUGCAGACAAUUUUUUAAAAAUUCAUCACUGUGAGCAGUUCGACAAAUUAAACAUCAGGGAAGGUUAUGAUGAAAAGAUUUAAUCAUCAUACUGUUUUGUGUUCUUUUCUGAACAGAAAACUGUUUCUGCUGUAAAAGAAGAAGAACAAAUAAGAACUUGAUAGCGCGAAGGACAAUGGUGAAUUGUUACUUCCCUGAUGAGUUGUAUUAAAGUAAACUUUUCAGUGUCCUGUCACGCACACUGACAGCUCUGGCUGACUGCGGCACAUUUGACAGCUGUCCGCUAGAUACUGAAAUACGGUAAAUAGCUUGUUAAAAACAAUUUCCAUCUGAUAAUCUGUCUUGAAAAUGGUCUGUGAACCCAACCCGCUCACUCAUAACCUCAGUACAUCAUAAUGUGGAUGGUAGAAUACUGUGACACUGAGUGUCUCAAAAUGUUUUCAGUUCCUCUUAGCACAAAUUUAUUUUAACUGAUUUAUUUUUACUGCAGACUCUCAAGUGUUUUGUUUCCUGCAGCAGCUCUGUUACAAAAUUCAUCAUAAACUGAGAGACACUGGACUUGAGGCGUAGUAUUGUGCAUUAAAUGCAAGUCCGCACAUUAAAAACACAGGUGUGAUAUGGAGUGUGUGAGUCAGGUUUCACGUAAACAUUUUAGAUCAUAAAAAGAAAAGUUGAAAAGUGAAUUUAACAGAGGAACACCUUUAGCUGUUCUUUUCUGAACAGAAAACUGCUGCUGCUGUAAAAGAAGAAGAACAAAUAAGAACUUGAUAGAGGGGAGGACAGUGGUGAAUUGUUUCUUCCUUUAUGAUUUAUAUUAAAGUAAACUUUUUAGUGUCCUGUCAUGCAAACUGACAGCUGUGGCUGACUGCGGCACAUUUGACAGCUGUCCGCUAGAUACUGAAAUAUGGUAAAUAGCUUGUUAAAAACAAUUUCCAUCUGAUUAACUGUCUUGAAAAUGAUCUGUGAACCCAACCCCCACAUUCUCUGCAUUUUAACUUGCUGCAGUGUGCAGAGGCGAUUAAGAGCAAGCCAUCUGCGACAGUGAUACUAUUAACUUUUCCUCACUCAGCAUGCCGCUGUUUGCCACACCUACUGGCAUUAGAAGUUAAUUAAAUUAUUAGAUUACCAAUCUUACCAUAUUUAGCAUUUAACUGCAGUAUAUUAACAUUUAAUGAACAAUUUGUAACACUGUAUAAAGUAUUUGUAAGCAAAUAUGUGUUUAUUAAUGUAUUAGUCUACAACUAUAACUUCUCCUGUGGACAUCCAUUG